AAAACGAAGAAAGGAAGGGGGUGAAUGACACGGUGUCGUUUUAGGAGCCACUUGGCUGAAAGAUCUCAGUCAGAGAGAGAAGAGAAGAAGCUGCUCCAUGUUUCCGGAGAAAACCUCUGUCUCUGUAGAGAGAGAAACCAACACACAACAAUGACACGGAAAAUAAAAGAACCCUUUUUUCUCUCUAUAACCUCAAAAUUUGUUGCUUGCAAUCGCUUCCACCGUUUGGAUUAACCAUGAGACAACUCUGAACCCCUUGACAUGCUUCUGGACUUGAUGAUUUGGGUUAGUCGUUAACUGUCACAAUGAGGUCCAAAUGAUGCUUUCUUCUUGGUUGUUUUACCCACUGUGAUUCAGUAUGUGGAACUUUGCUUCGAAUUGCAUUGUUGGGAGUGUGGGUCAGAGAAACGAGUGUGCAAGGCCAUCUCACGCUACUUCAGAAUGUUCCGACGAUGAGACUUCUAUUGUGAGCAGAGAAGAAGGACUGGAAUGUCCAAUAUGCUGGGAAUCUUUUAACAUUGUCGAAAAUGUGCCUUAUGUUUUGUGGUGCGGUCACACCCUAUGUAAAAAUUGCAUCCUGGGACUGCAAUGGGCUGUGGUUAAAUUUCCAACACUUCCAAUUCAGCUUCCACUUUUUAUCUCCUGCCCAUGGUGCAACCUUCUAUCUUUCCGUUUAGUUUAUCGGGGAAAUCUGAGAUUCCCUCACAAGAACUACUUUCUUCUUUGGAUGGUUGAGAGUAUGAAUGGUGAUAGAGUGAAGACCCAUUCAACUUCAUAUGGGGAUCAUCAUCAUCAUCAUCAUCAUCCAGUGUUUCCAAAUAGGGACAAUUUUGCUACAGGAAGCCAAUUAAACCAUGGCAACACUAGGAGGGGACAAGUUCUCCAUCCAGAGUCAUUGAGUUCCAAUCGGUUUCAUCACAAUACUGGUAACUACCUCAGUAUGGAAAGACUGCAUACAUCUAUUCGCAAGUCCCUGGUUUUAUUUGUUCACUUGACAGCAAAGUUCCCCUUGAUCAUCGUAUUUCUUUUGAUUGUCUUAUAUGCAAUACCGGCCAGUGCAGCCAUUUUGGCUCUGUAUAUACUUAUUACCAUUGUGUUUGCUCUCCCAUCAUUUCUCAUCUUGUACUUUGCAUAUCCUAGUUUGGAUUGGCUUAUCAGGGAAAUUAUCACUUGAGAUUGCAAUGCGGGUGUUAAGAAGGCGAAGGCUGUCUUUCUUCGUCUAGUACCCCCUUAAUCUACUAUGAUUUCCUUGCAAUUAGCCGACUUCGCUAUUUAGAAGCUUGGUUAUUCUUCUUUCAAUGUUGGAGGUUGUGGAUUCAGUUUUUAGCAUAACCUUGUUGACCGCUACCAAGCAUGCGGAGUGAAUAUGGCAAAGAAUCAAAGCUUGUGCCUUCUCCUUGUUGCAAAUGGUUGCUCCAUUAGUUUUGGAGCUUCUGAAGAACAGAUCUGGUGUAGUUAUCAAGUGGAUCAAGAUAAAAAAAAAAAAAAAAAAUUCUUUUAGUUUGCUGUGUGUAGAGACAUGUAUGUUCCUUAUAAUACAGCAUUUGUUUUAGCUGUACUAUUUUUGCAAAGUUGUAAGUAUGCAUGUACCUAUUGAAUUGUUUGUCUUGUUAUUGUCUGCUUGAAGGUCUUGCUCUCUGUGA